AUGGACGGAGAGACAGUGCUCUUCGCCGCGGACGUGACACCGACAGACAGCGUUGGGGACUGGAUGGUCUCGUUCACCCCCACCAUCUCUGGCACCUACCAGCUGGUUCUGGCGUUUGAGGGGAACCGGGCGCUGACUGGCACCCCGCACAGAGUGCGCGUGAAGACCGAUGAGACAGUGGCGGGGAAUUGCAAGCUGUACGGAGCCGGCCUGACCAGGGCCAUCGCUGGGGAGCGCACCUCUUUCAGCAUCAAAGCGGUGGAUGGCAAGAAUAACGCCAGGCUGGUCGGUGGCGACGAAUUCCAGGUGGAGAUCGUGGGGCCGGGCAACGCCUCUGCCAAGCCAGACAUCGUGGACAACAAUGACGGGACGUACACAGUGCACUGGGUGACGGAGAGGGCAGGGGACUAUCUGAUCACCGGUUGGCUGGAGGGAGCCACCGUCGGCGGUUGCGCUAAGGCUUGUGCGGUGCAGCCGGCCGAGCUGGACGCCUCUCGCUGCUCCUGCGCCGGUGAGGGCCUCGGCCGAGCCGUCGCCGGCAUCCCCGCUACCUUCACCGUCACUGCCUGUGACAGGUUUGGGAACAAGCAGACGGCGGGCGGCGAUGACAUCAGUGUGCGCGUAAUGUGCAUCGGCGGCGGCCGCUCCGGCAGCGUUGCCGGAAAGGUCGAGGACGCAGGCCGCGCCCUUUACAAGGUGGCAUAUACCGUAAGUACCGCAGGACAGCAUGAGGUGGCGGUGCUGGCUGGCGGCCGGCCCGUACCGGGCAGCCCGUUCCGGGCCGAGGUCGCCCCCGGGCAGGUGCUGUUUGGGCCGGGGCUGUCGGCCAUCCAGCUUGGCCGCGACAUGCGCAUCUUCGUGGCGCUGGCCGAUGCAUUCGGCAACGCCAUCACCGAGGCUGGCAGCAUUGAGCCCGCCAAUGUCAAGGUGGCGCUUGAGGGGCCAGCAGAAACCCAUGUGCGGAGGGGCCCGGUGGAGUCAGACGGCAGCCAUGCAUUCUCCUACAGCACAAAGACCCCCGGGGAUUACGUCAUCGCCGCCACGGUGGCCGGCGCUCACAUGCAGGGAAGCCCGGCCCCCGUCACAGCCUCCAUCGCCGAAGCGCACGCACCGCUCUGUGAAGUUGUGGGGACGCCGCUGCACCUCUCCACCGUGGCAGGUCAGAGCGCGGAUGUGACAUUUGUGGCGAAGGAUGCCAAGGGGUUCCAGAAGUCUCUGGGCGGCGAUGUGUUCACCGUCUCCUGGCAGCGCCUGGGCCAAGAUGAUGAGCCUGCCACCACCGGCAAGGUGGAGGAUCUGGGCACCGGGGAGUACCGAGCGCGGUUUGCGGCCAUGGCGGCCGGCACGCAUUCGGUGUGGGUGCAGCACAAGGGGCACAACAUCGCCGGCAGCCCCUUUACCGCGGAGGUCGAGCACGCCGCCAUCGCCGCGGACUGCAGCUACGUUGUGCAAGAGGGGCUCGAACGCGGCGUCAGCGGCGCGCAGGUGUGCUUCCGGGUGCGCGCGAUGGACAAGUACCUGAAUCUGGUGCGGCUGCCGCUGAAUGACUCGGAGGCGGUCGGGCCCAAGGGAUUCCAGGCCAUGCUGCUCGGCCCAGGCAACAAUGAACAGAGUUUGGAGCUGGUGCCCAACCGAGCGAGCAGCGGCGGCUGCGAGCUGUCCGGCAGUUUUGUGCCCCGGGGUGCCGGCCUGGCCGCGCUGGCCGUCACCUACCAGGGCCACCACAUCAAGGGCUCCCCCUGGCAGGUGACGAUAACUUGCGGCCCGGCGUGCGCGAGGAAGUCGGCGUUGGUGGGCAUGCCGCAGCACCUGGUGGCAGGCGUUCCCCGUGCGCUGACUGUGUACGCGCGCGACGCCAGCGGCUGCCCGACCGAGGGCCGCGACACAGUCAGCAUCACUGUCGACAGCGUGUCCGAGGGCGUGCGUGUCCUGAGCAUCAAGGACUGUCGGGACGGCACAUACACAGCGCCCAUCAGGCUUGAGAAAAUCGGGCUGGUCAGCAUAUCCGCCCAGAUCAGCGGCCAGCCGCUCGGCCUGCCCGUCACCCUCAGGGUGCUCGCUGCAGAGCUGCACAGCCUCGAGCUCAUCUCGCCACAAAACCCCCAGAGCGGCGGCGCAAGAUUAAGUGCGCAGCUGCGCAGGUUCUGCAGCGCUGAGGUGGCAAAGGCUGACGUGGCAGCUGCUGAGAUCAGGGACCGCGGCGAUGGCAUCUAUGAGAUCGACUGCGCCCUGAAGACGGCCUGUGACUUUGAGCCGGGCAGCCUCGCCACCUGGCGGUUCGACCGCUUUGGUAACCGGAUCACUUCAUGCGUCGGGGAGGCGCCUUUUCUGGCAACCGCCACUGGCCCCGGCGAGCUGAAGACCAAGGUGCUCGAGAAAGGGGACGGUAGUGUCGAAAUCAGGUACUGCGCGUCCAAAAUUGGCUCCUACUCGCUGGCAGUGACCAGCUCGCGCGACGGCGAGCCCCUUGCCGGCAGCCCCUUCCAAUUUGACGUGACCUCCGGACAGCUGUCUCCCUGCCACUGCACCGCCGAGCUGGCCGCUCCGACCCUGGUCGCCGGUCAGAAGGCCGCCAUUGUCAUCGACGCCAAGGACAUACAUGGCAACCAGGAGGGCGGCAGCCAGGGCAGCUACACGGCGGUGGUGCCCGUCUCCGGAACGUACCUUGCACAUGUGCAGAUCAAUGGGCACACCCUCGGCGGCUGGCCCAAGCCCCUGCAUGUGGCAGCCGCCGCAAGCGAUGCCUCCAGGUGCACUUUCCUGGGGCGUUUCCUGGCGGGCGGCGCGCACAUCAUCGGGGAGCCGUGGCGCUUUGCGCUGCACACCGCGGACGGCUACGGCAACGUACGCGCGGCCGGCGGCGAGGCCGUCACCGUCGAGGUGGCCGGCCCUGCCGGCAGCGCCGUACGAGCCGCUGCCGUCACCGACCGCGGCAAUGGCUGCUAUGCUGUCGCAUUCGAACCUGACUGCGCCGGCCGCUGGGUGCUCACUCCCAGGGUGAACGGGCAGGCGAUAAGGGAGGGAGGCUUCGAGGUGCAUGCGGCGUACGGCGCGGCAGCAGCACACGAGUGCGCGGUGGCGGGGCUAUCCGAGACCGGCGAUCACACCUGCGGCGCCGCCACCGAGCUGCGCGUUGUGCCGGCCGGAAAACAUGCCGCCGGCCGCGCUUUCCUCGGCACAGAAGUCGUCCACGCGCACCUCACUGGCGCGUUCUCGGCGGAGGCAGCGCCGCGAGAUAAGUGCCUGGCGGCCAGCGCGUUCGCCGGACCGGGCCUCGACGGCUGCACCGCGGGCGAGCCGGCGCGGUUCGAGAUCCGGUCCCGGGACGCGCGCGGCCACGCGGUUCCGGGCGGCGAGGCGGCGUUCGUUGUUGAGGUGUUUGCCGGGGAAGAGCGCGUCACCGUCACGCAGGCCGGCCCUGUUCGCAUCGCAGCCUCUCUGGUGGGAGGGGCUGCCACGCGCGCAUUUGAAACCGUUUGCAGGCCCGGCCCGCUCGCGCUCUCCAAGUGCACCAUCCUGGAGCACAGCGCAUCCGUCGCUGUGGGCGAGAAGGCCCGGCUGCUCAUCAAGCAGGCUGACAGGUUUGGCAACGCGUCAGAGAGCCACCUGGACCAGCUGAGGUUUGAGCUGAAGCCGACCGGCCCAGGGCCCCUCUCGCACUGGUGGGAGCACGGGGAAGACAACGCCAUCUGCCUGGCAUACUCUGCCGAACGCUCGGGGACGUAUCAGCUGAGCAUCAAGGAUGCAAAGACAAAAGAGAUGCUGCCAGGCAGCCCCUUCACAGUCGCCAUGGAGGCGGCUGCCCCGGUGGCGAGUCACAGCACCGCCAGAUUUGGCGCGGGGGUCGAUAAAGCGGGCGUGGCGGUAGCAGGGCAGGCUCUCACAAUCUGCGCAUCCCUCAACGAUAAGUUUGGCAACAGCACAAGUGGAGAGGCUGCUCUGCGGGUAUGGGCUGCUGGCCCGGCGGAUGUGGAGAUGGAAAGGACGGGUGCCUCAGAGUACAUGGCCAUGCUCACCGCUGCAGGCACCUACACCAUCAAGGCCACCUUGGACGGCGCCAUGCUGCCAGAGUGGCCGAAGACAGUGGUUGUGACAGCCAGUCCCAGCGGCGCUGCCAGCUGUAGGCUCCGCGGCCACGUGCUGACCGGCAUCACCUGCAAAGCGCUGCACACCCUCUCCCUCGCCGUCUACGACUCCUUUGACAACCCCCGGACGUCCGGUGGUGACAAGGUGGAGGCGUGGCUGUGCGGCCCGGAGGAGGCGCUCGUGCCGGCGACCGUUACGGACUUGAAGAAUGGCAGCUACUCCGUAAACGGCGAGUCGCUGGAGGCUGCGCAGAGGACGCUGCAUGCCACCUACGGCCCAGUCAGCGCCAGUGACUGCCAGGUGGCCUGGGCGGCAGAGCCAGUAUUGGACUGCGGCGCCCCCAACAAACUCUGCCUCUACCCCAAGGGCCUCGAAGACGGUUGGAAGAUGACAGGGCAUGAGACUGCCGGGGUGGUUCUGCACACGACGGGGGGAGUUCCCUUGGUCCAGCCACUCAGCUUCAACCAGGAGGGCGGCUACUAUGAAGCCACCAUCAUCGCUGUGGAGGUGCCUGCCCUGGUCCUGCAUCACUUCUUCUUUCUGGACAUUUCCUCUGGCUGUGAAAUAGUGCAUGGCAGCAUGGAUGACCACGAGGCGGUGGAUGGGAGUCCCCUGGUGCUUGACGCCAAACCAGGCGCGCCCUGCCUGGCGGCCAGCCGGAUAAAUGAGUCAGCGCUGACCUCAGCCGUCGCCGGCGAGCACUGCUCCGUUCUGCUCACCGCCUUCAACGAGUUUGGAGACCCCAUCACAUGUGGCAGCGCUGCCAUCACGGCCGCGCUCAUGUCCCACGGUGCAGGGAGCGCAGUGGAUGUGGAGGAUAACGGCGAUGGCACGUACGGGCUCUGCUUUGCGCCGACAGAGGCGGGCCCAUUCGAGCUGGUGGUGUCUCUGGAGAAGCCCGGCCACGCCGCCUCCAAGGCCCUGCGCAGGCGCAAUUUCGCGGGUGUUUGCGCGGCCGGCACAACGGCGGCGCAGUGCUGUGUGGCAACCACGCCCUCCUGCCAGCUGGAUGCCGGCGAAUUUGGCAACGAGGUGCUGAGCAGCAUCGGAGAGGCGCCCUUUGUGCUGUCGGCGUCGGGCCCCGGUACCAUGCAGCACGCCAUCAGGGAAAUGGGCGACGGCCAAUCCGAGCUGUGCUACUCAGCCACCGUCGCUGGCAGCUACACCCUCUCCGUCAGGUGCCUCAACAGCAACUCCUCGGUACAGGGCACGCCGCUGCCUGUCCAAGUCAGUGCAGCGCCCGUCUCUGCUGCCAAAUCCAAGGCCCAGCUGAGCGGACGGGCGCCCAACAGCCUGGUGCCAGCUGGCGAGGACGUGGAGGUGUUAGUCACCCUGCGCGACGCGUACGGCAACCCCAGCGACAAGCUGACUGGACGCCAAGUGGACAUCCGCGCGACCGGCCCUGAACUUGUCUCCUUCUCGGCUACAGCCUCCAACCGCUUCAGUGCGACGCUGACACUGGCGGGGAGCUACGCCAUCAGCGCGUGCAUCGGCAAUCAGAUGCUGCCGGGCUGGCCGCUCGCGGUGCAUGUGCAACCGGCCGCAUGCUGUGCUACCAAAUGCUGGCUCUCUGGCCCGGCCAUGCAGUCGGUGGUGUGCGGGCAGCUGAGCACGGUGACGCUACACGCCGCGGACCGUUACGGGAACGCCCACGUCAGCGGCGGCGAGGAAGUCACCGCGCAGCUGCGCGGCGGCCCCUCUCGCGGCAUUCCCUCCACCGUCAAGGCAAAUGCGGUGGACAAUUGGGACGGCACGUACGCGCUGCAGUUCGCGCUGCCGAUAGAGGGCGAGUGGGAGCUGAGCGCGGCCGUGGGCGGCGAGGGCGUUCCCUGCGCGGCGGCCGCCUCCGUGCGCGCGGAGUACGGACCCCUGACAGCCGAGGAGUGCGAAAUCGAAAACGUCGAUGGCAUGGUCGCCUGCGGCACCUCUGACCCCAUCUUCAUUCAGGCGGCGGGCGGCCGCAGGAUGACAGGGCACGAGGCGGUCAGCUGCACGGUCACUGCUCCCAACGGCACCGUCCAUGCGGUGCCUGUGACACUUGCAGACGGAGGCGGCCAUUUCCAAGCCACGCUGCACUGGAUGCAAGUCGGCGUGCACAAGGUGGGCCCGGCAGGCAUCCAUGCACCGGCUUGCCUGGUCCGGGGCCUCACGGACACGCCGGACUUUGGCAUGCUCGACGAGACCUCCCUGCUGGCAUUUGUGGCGCCGGCCGUCGCCUGCCGCGCCGGGGAGCGCGCCACGGUCCUGCUGCAGCUGCAGGACGCACGCGGCAGCAGCCUGCCGGACUUCCAGGAUCAUAGAAGUGUGCUGCAAGUUGCUGUGUAA